AUGCGUGUUGUAGUUAAUAGAAUUCCCCUUGAUGAGAGGAGUGAUCGUAUCUUUUGGGGACUCAACCAGAAUGGCAAGUUCACCACUAAGUCAGUGUAUAAGAUGUUGGAGAAACCUCUAAGUGGGUGCCAUUAUAGAUGGAUUUGGAAAACCAAGAUCCCUCUUAAAAUCAAAAUCUUUCUAUGGCAGAUGUUGCAAGACGCAGUCCUUACUAGGCAAGUUAUGAGCAAAUGGAAAUGGACAGGGAAUCCCUGA